CGCAUGCGCGCUCCGCCCGUUGCCGCGCCGGCCCUGCGGACGUGCGCGCGCUGCCUUCGCGGCACCUGGGCCUAAGGUGCGUGGCUCCCGGGCCCUCGCCAGCUCCAGGUGCGUGAGGAGGACUUCGGAAACCCUACUGAGACGUGGAGCUACCCCCAGGGAGGGUCGGACGUGCCUCAAUUUCGUCAAGGUCUUUCAUUUCUUGUUCGCUUACUUUCCUGAAAUCGUCACAUCGUUUUGAUGAUACUACUAGUCAAGACAAGAAAAUCAACAGGCUUUCAGCCUUGAGGCAACACUGGAUUUUAUUGAGUUUAACAUAAGAAAAAUUGCACUUUUUUAAUUAAUGUUAUCAACAAAAAAAUCAGUUGAAAUGGGAUUUGGAAUUCCAUGAGUGCGUAAGACAUCUGUGGAAUUUAAGAACAUUAUGGAGCUCAUCAGAGUAUAUCACUGAAGAAUAUGAUGGCUGAAAACAAUUUAAAAAUGCUAAAGAUUCAACAAUGCGUGGUAACCAACAAACUCCCUAGAAACAGGCCAUAUAUUUGCAAUAUUUGCUUCAAGCACUUUGAAACACCAUCAAAAUUAGCUAGGCACUAUCUCAUUCAUACUGGCCAAAAGCCAUUUGAAUGUGAUGUAUGUCAUAAAACCUUUAGACAACUAGUUCAUCUGGAGAGGCAUCAGCUAACUCAUAAUCUGCCUUUUAAAUGUAGUAUUUGUCAGCGCCACUUUAAAAAUCUGAAGACAUUUGUGAAGCACCAACAACUUCACAAUGAAACCUAUCAGAAUAAUGUUAAACAGGUCAGAAGAUUGCUGGAGGCCAAGCAAGAAAAGUCAAUGUAUGGAGUGUAUAAUACUUUUACCACACAGGAAAGAUGGGCAUUACACCCGUGCUCUAAGUCCGAUCCCACAUAUAGCAUGAAGAGAAGAAAGAAUAUUCAUGCAUGUACGAUCUGUGGCAAGAUGUUUCCAUCACAGUCAAAACUUGAUAGGCAUGUACUUAUUCAUACUGGUCAGAGGCCUUUUAAAUGUGUCUUGUGUACUAAAUCUUUUCGACAGUCAACUCACUUAAAAAUCCACCAACUUACACAUUCAGAAGAAAGACCUUUUCAAUGUUGUUUUUGUCAAAAAGGAUUUAAGAUUCAAAGCAAACUUCUGAAGCAUAAACAAAUCCAUACUAGGAAUAAGGUUUUUCGGGCUCUUUUAUUAAAGAAGAGGCGUACAGAAUCUCGCCCCCUGCCUAAUAAGUUAAAUGCAAAUCAGGGUGGUUUUGAAAAUGGUGAGAUUGGUGAAUCUGAGGAGAAUAAUCCACUUGAUGUCCACUCAAUUUAUAUUGUCCCUUUUCAGUGUCCAAAGUGUGAAAAGUGUUUUGAAUCGGAGCAGAUUCUCAAUGAACACAAGUGUUUUCCUGCUAGAGGUGGCAAAAUUUCAAGCAGGUUCAAAAGAAGCUACAACUAUAAAACCAUUGUUAAAAAAAUCUUGGCCAAGCUUAAACGUGCUAGGAGUAGAAGAUUAGAUUACUUUCGAUCUGAGAAAAAAGUAUUUAAAAAGAAUUUCUUGAAAAAUUGUGAUCUUAUUUCCGGUGAGCAGAGCUCUGAACAAACCCAGAGAACCUUUGUGGGUUCUCUUGGCAAACAUGGAACAUGUAAAACAAUUGGCAAUAGAAAGAAGAAAACAUUGGCCUUGCCAUUUUCUUGGCAAAAGUUUCAGAGCCAAAAUGUGGGAAAAAAUUUGAAAGGUAUCCUUACGACAGAAAACAUAUUAAGUAUUGAUAAUUCAGUGAGUAAGAAGGACUUGUCAAUCUGUGGUUCAUCAGGUGAGGAAUUCUUUAAUAACUGUGAGGUACUUCAGUGUGGUUUUUCAGUUCCAAGGGAAAACAUACGUACUAGACAUAAGAUAUGUCCUUGUGACAAAUGUGAGAAGGUAUUUCCUUCUAUAUCCAAACUGAAAAGACACUAUUUAAUUCAUACUGGACAGAGGCCUUUUGGCUGUAAUAUUUGUGGGAAAUCUUUUAGACAGUCAGCUCACUUAAAAAGACAUGAACAGACUCAUAAUGAAAAGAGUCCUUAUGCAUCUCUUUGCCAGCUAGAAUUUGGAAACUUGAACAAUCUUUCUAAUCAUCCAGGUAAUGAUGUUAACUAUAAUGCUUCCCAACAAUGUCAGGCUCCUGGUGUUCAAAAAUACGAGGUCUCAGAGUCAGAUCAAAUGUCAGGAGUUAAGACAAACUCACAGGAUUUUAUUCCUGGUAGCACCGGGCAGCCUUGCCUUCCUAAUGUACUUUUGGAAUCAGAGCAAAGCCAUCCUUUUGGCAGUUAUUCAGAGAAUCAGGAGAAAAAUGAAGUCUUCCUGUACCGAUGCAGUGUUUGUGCUAAAAGUUUCCGAUCUCCAUCUAAACUGGAAAGGCACUACCUAAUUCAUGCAGGGCAAAAACCAUUUGAAUGCUCAGUUUGUGGCAAAACAUUCAGACAGGCUCCUCACUGGAAGAGACAUCAACUUACUCACUUUAAAGAACGACCACGAGCUCGGGAGAAAGUGGUUGCCUUAGAUUCGGUUAUGUAAACUGAUGCAACCACUAACAAUUGUGGUCUCUGGUAAUCUCAUUUUUAAAGCCUGUAUUUAAAAUGCAUUUGUAUCCAAAGGCCUGCAUUAAACUGAAUGAUUUCACAGGCAUUUGCUUGUUCUGCAUAGUAAGGAAGUAAAAUACAUAGAAAAUUAAUACGAUGUUUAGAAACAGCCGAAUGAAUUUUUAGAGGCAAGAACAUGAUUUGAUGCUAUGAAGUAGGCAUUUUAAUAUUGUAAACAAGCUUUGGCUGUAUUGAAAAAUAUAAAUCCAUGAUGCUGUACAAAUAAUUUAGCCUCAUUCAUUUUUUAAAGGAAUUAUUCCUUAAGACAUGCCAUCUCUUUUUAGAUAAACUCAAAAGACUGAGAGGCAAAAAUUGCCUUUUAGCUGUAGCACAUAGCCCUGCUAUAUUUCAUUUAUUUUGCAUUUCUUGUGACAGUUUUUGACCACAUGGCUCAAAUUGCAUUGGAAAGUUGGAGGUUUUUUUGUUUUUGUUUUUUCUUUGCAAAUUUUAAAAACUACAGAGGCACUAAUGUUGAAAAUGGAUGAGAAAAUUAUAAUAUUUUUAUUGGUCUUUUCUAAGCUGUUUGUAUUUAGGCGUAUGUGAUAAUUUCACCUUUUUCAGGUGAUAAGGAUUUUUUUUUUUUUUUUUUUUUUGUCUAGUGCCAUCUUUCUCAAAAUAAUUUAAAAGUAGACAAGAGGCUAGGAUAUAUCCAUGUACAUUUACCAUGUUUACUUACCAGGAAUAUUUUCCAAGUGCCAUAGUCUUUUUUUUUUUUUUUCUUCAGAAUAUGUAUGCAGUUUUAUCUUUUCAGAGGAAUAAUUUCAAAUCAUUUAUUUGCUCAUCAGUGAUAGCAGUAGUCAUAGACCUAAGACUCUAUUCUAGAAUUUUUCAUCUCCUUAAGACUUUUACAUUUAUCUUAGUAAACUUUUCUUUUUAUGCCUCUUUAAUGGAGUGGUCCUAUUAUUUAAGCCUGUUCUAAGUUUGAUCAAAUGGCAAUGACUAGGUCUAGUUUUAGUUUUUACUUUUGCAAGAGUCUAAUGCUGAAGAAUUUUAUUUUGAUCCUUGUUAAAUUUUUAAAUAGUAAAGUAGUCAUUCCUGUAGAGGAAUAAGAUGCUUGUAGAGUUGUGGGUAUCAUUCCAAAUAGAACUGUUAUGUUUUGGGAAAUAUUCUAAACUACAAAUGACUUAUUUCAUAAUGACAGAUUGUCCUUCACAUUUGCCUUUGUUUAUAAAAUCUUCGGGAAUGACAUUUUCUAGCAAUAAAAGGCAUUAACCAUUAUGGUUCUAAGUGAAAAGAGGAACAUGUGGGUAGUUAUCCUACCACACUUAAAAUACAGUGGAAAAUCUUCUAUUGAGAAUGUGGAUAAAUGAACAAUUGUAAGUUUUACAUCAUAAUCUGAGAACUUUCUUUUCGGGGGGUGGGGGGGAGGCGGGAGGGGUAGUAGGUGGGAGUGAUCUGCUUGCUUUUGCCAGAGGUGAUUUUUAAGUAACUUGGGUUUAAUUUACAGAGAUAAAACAUGACAGUCUGAGUAAAAUACCCAGUGAUGUAGAAUUGUUUCUGUUUGUUACAUAGGUAGUACACCUCCAACAAAAGCGGGGGAGAAUCACAUGCUUUAAAGAAUACUCUCUUAGGUUUCCUUGAGAUAUGUUCCUCCAGUGCAAGCAAGAUAAUGGUUUACAGAAUUUGCUUUACACAAAACUUUUCAAGAACUCAUCAUCUGUUACACAAAGCAAGGAAUAACUGGUUUAUAUUUUCCAAUAAUGUUCAAGGUUUUUUCCUUAAUAUGUCUGAAAUUACUGAUUUUGGUAUUUUUCUAAGCAAUUUAUGUAAUUUUAUUUGAAGGAAAUGUUUUACAUACUCUUUUUCCCAACCUAAAGAGGGAGGGUCCUAACAGUGUUGUGCUUGUAUGAUUAUGAGACUUUAUUUGCCUAAGUGAUACUACUCUACUUUAUUUUUGACCCAUGCCUUCUUAAGCUGUUUCAUAUUGAAAGUUGGAGUAUUGUAAAAAUUUUGUCAAAGAUGUACUGUAGUGCUAUUUGAAGUACCUGUAACAAAACACAGUUGGCCCUCCAUAUCCAUGGACUCUGCAUCUGUGGAUUAAACCAAUUGUAGAUCAAAAAUAUUAGGAGAAAAAAUAUGAAAAUAGUACAAAUAAAAAAUACAGUAUAACAGUUAUUUAAAUAGCAUUUACAUUGCAUUAGGUAUUAGUCUAGAGAUAAAGUCUAAAGGAGGAUGUGCGUUGGUUAUAUGCAAAUAUGCCAUUUUAUGUAAGGGACUUGAGUAUACUUUGAUUUUUGGCGUAUGGGGAGGGGGGGUGUGUUGGGGGGGGUGAGUCCUGGAACCAAUGCCCUGUGGAUACCAAGGGACAACUAUACUUAUUUACCUUUAUUAUCAUUGCAAGCUUCUUAUGGAAACUAUAGGAAUGAAAAUAUACAUGUUAAGAAGAUUAAACAUUAGAUAUUAGAUGGUUUGUUGCAUGCUACAACUGUUAGUAUUGUUAAUUACUUUGGUUUUACAAAAAAUAAGUGAUAAAUAUCUUUAAAGAGAACUAGAAGAAUUUUUUGUUUGAGUGAUUCCAGGCUAUAGCAUGAUUAUUUACUGAAGUGGUUUGAUUGGCUGGCUAACUUAGAAUUACUGUUUCUUGUUUGAUAUUGCAAUAGGGCUUAUAAUUGUAACAUAAAAAUGUGUGUGUGUUUAAGGGAAGUAGGUGGUGGUUAAAACUCUCGAAAAAUUUUCAGAAUACUUUAAAAAUAAAGUUUCAAAUUAUACA